UCAUUAUUAUGAGUUUGUAUCCUUGUCUCUUCUUUCUCUGCCAUUACAAAGAGAACAUACAAAUCUGAAAGUUACCUUAAGAUUCACGAUGUUUUGUUACGUUAAUUAAUGCUUUAAUUGUUGUGUUAAUUUGAUGUUAGGUGACAACAAGGUUAUUUAAAUAAUUUCAAGUUGGAAUCAGAAACAAGUGCAUCUUUCUUCGUUUACACAGAUUGAGAUAAAGAUGGUGAUGCGAACUGUGGAUCUACGGUCAGACACCGUGACUAGACCUACCGAUGCGAUGCGUGAAGCAAUGGGAAGCGCAGAAGUAGACGAUGACGUCCUCGGCUACGACCCAACGGCUCGACGUCUUGAAGAGGAGAUAGCCAAGAUGAUGGGGAAAGAAGCAGCUCUCUUCGUGCCAUCCGGUACAAUGGGGAAUCUCAUAUGCAUUAUGGUUCACUGCGACGUGAGAGGCAGCGAGGUGAUUCUUGGAGACAACUGUCACAUCCAUGUCUACGAGAACGGAGGGAUAUCAACGAUAGGAGGCGUGCAUCCCAAGACAAUCAAGAAUGAAGAAGACGGGACGAUGGACUUGGGGGCUAUAGAAGCAGCUAUUAGAGACCCUAAAGGAAGCACGUUUUAUCCAUCAACAAGGUUGAUUUGCUUGGAGAACACACACGCCAACUCUGGUGGGAGAUGUUUGAGCGUGGAAUAUACAGAUAGAGUUGGAGAGAUUGCGAAGAGACAUGGUUUAAAGCUUCAUAUCGAUGGAGCUCGCCUUUUUAAUGCUUCCAUUGCACUUGGAGUUCCAGUCCAUAGGCUUGUACAGGCUGCUGACUCUGUUUCGGUGUGUCUCUCUAAAGGUCUUGGAGCUCCAAUAGGAUCUGUAGUCGUUGGUUCACAGAGUUUCAUAGAAAAGGCGAAAACGUUAAGAAAAACAUUAGGUGGAGGAAUGAGACAAAUAGGCGUCCUGUGCGCAGCCGCUUUGGUUGCACUUCAAGAGAACCUCCCAAAGUUACAAUUUGACCACAAGAAGACAAAAUUGUUAGCUGAAGGGUUGAAUCAAAUGAAAGGGAUUAGAGUGAACGUUGCAGCCGUGGAGACCAACAUGAUUUUCAUGGAUAUGGAGGAUGGAUCAAAACUCACCGCUGAGAAACUGCGCAAGAGUUUAGCUGAGCAUGGCAUUCUUGUCAUCCCGGAAAAUUCGUCUCGGAUCAGAAUGGUUAUACACCACCAGAUAACAACAAGUGAUGUGCACUACACAUUGUCUUGCUUUAAACAAGCAGUGCAAAUGAUUCAGGAACCAAGCCGGAACUGAUCUGUCCAAACCGAAAAUGUUUUUUUUUUUAUAAAUGUUGUUUGUCCAAGUUCCUUUUUACUUAAAACUUCAAGGAUUGAUUGAUAUCUCAAUGAAAUUUGAAUUGAAUUUGUCACUCA